AAAUUGCACCCUGCAGGAAUUUCACUUUACGAAGGAACUGAUUCAAGUAUUUCAGCAGAGCCACCGUGUCACAGCUUAGCCCUCAGGUUUGCAGGGGCCCCAGCAGAGGGCGCUCGUGUUCCACACAAGACACCAGUCUCAGUGUGAACCUAAAUAACAAUGAACAAUAUCGCCACGUCCUUUUCCCUUCCCGUCCCGUUAUGUGAUCUCCUACAGCUCCGGCGCGUCUUCAGCAAUAGGUCCAGUCACCAAGUGCAGAGAAAAUAAGUGUGCGUACAGAGGGAAAGGGUCAAAUAUAGAGAGAUUUAGGUAUUUGAUUGUCUUUUUUUAGUCAACAAGAGGCAGGGCAAGUUUAUUGAUAUAGCACAUAUUCAUAUAGUGUCAGCUUUAUAUACGAGCAGACACAUUGAAUUAAAAGGUGAAGUGCAAUAAAGGAGAGGAAGUAAAAACGACGACAUUGCAUGUUGUCAUAGUCACAGCUAGUGUUCAGUGACUAGACUUACGUUAUGGUUGUUGCUUGCGCUGCAGUGCGUGUACAGUAGUCCUACAUGGUGCAGUGCACUUGAUCUGGUCUUUGUGAUCAUGUGCUUGGCAAAAAAAAUUGAGUCGGGAUUGUUUUGUGACAGUUAAUGUUGUCUCAGAGUGAGGUGAUGUGUCUGGAGAGAUGAUUUGUUUCACAGCUCAUGUGCAGGAUGUGAAAGUGAAUGGCACACUGUUGCACAACUUUCUGCUGGUUGAAUGACCAGUUGAACAAACAGAUAAGAGGACGCACACACACACACACACACACACACAAUCUUCUCUCUGCUUUUAAAAACAGGCUGAGAUUUGACUUCAUAUGAAGCGUCACGCGCAGGUUCCAGGUUCCAGGUUCCAGGUUCCAGGUUCCAUAAGCAGCUGGUGCAAAGAUGCAACUGUCACCCGGACGGGAACGACUCACGAUUUCCUUGAAGACUGUCUGAGAAGGCGUCUGUAUCAAAGUUGAGCUGAUUCCCGGCCUCUAUUGUGCGCAUCAAAGAAUGUCAGCAAUUUUGACAAUGUCACAAACGUAAAGUCUCCAGCUCCAUCAGUCACAAUUCCUCGACAUCACCCCAUGACACGUCAGUGACGCCCAAGGACACCAAGUACCUGAUCAGUGAUACAUUUCUAUGUUGACUCCAUCAAAUGUGUCAUGGCAAACAUGGGCUGUCGUCUCCUCGUCCCUCCAGCUGGGGAGGCCUUCGUCACCCUGGCCACCACGGACUCCUACUGCAUGGGGGCCUCAGUGGUGGCCCGGAGUCUACGGCGGCACGGGACGACUCGCAGCAUCGUCGUCAUGGUCACGCCCAACGUCUCCGAGCGGUCCAGGCUUGGCCUCGGGAGUGUGUUCGAUGAGGUCGUCAUAGUGGAUGCGACGGACAGCGAGGACCGUCUGCACCUGUCCCUGCUGGGACGUCCCGAGCUCGGCAUCACCUUCACUAAGAUCCACUGCUGGACCCUGACCCAGUACAGCAAGUGUGUCUUCCUGGAUGCUGAUACGCUUGUUCUGAGCGGCGUCGACGAGCUGUUUGAGAGGGACGAGCUGUCCGCAGCACCCGAUGCCGGCUGGCCCGACUGCUUCAACUCGGGCGUGUUCGUCUUCAGGCCGUCGCUCCGCACCCACGCCCGGCUCCUGGAUCGCGCCCUGCAGCACGGCAGCUUCGAUGGAGGGGACCAGGGCCUGUUGAACUCUUUCUUCAGCGACUGGCCGCUGGCAGACGCCACCAAACGCCUGCCGUUUAUCUACAACCUCAGUGCCAGCUCCGUCUACAGUUACCUCCCGGCUUUCCGACAGUUUGGCCACCAGGCAAAGAUUGUCCACUUCCUAGGACCGAAGAAACCCUGGCUCUCCCGCAGCCAGAGGGAUGACGGCGGCUCACGGACCAUGGAUCGGUUUGUGGCCCUGUGGUGGAAGGAAUACCUCAGUCACACAACAGCGUCUGCAUCAGCGGAGGAGCCAACUCGAGACUGUGAGGAACCACGACAGGUCUAUGGAUCGAGACCUAUGGCCCCGGCACUUAAGGCGAUCCAAGAACAAGGAGCCAAGACGCCAUUUAGCGACAACUCGGACAGCUCCAGUUCACAGCUCGCAGGUUCUCCAGCCGCAGCCGGGGAGCCUCUUUCACCGUUGGAACCAGAGCUGUGUUUCCACGCCGACGACGCACGUUUUGAGGACGGGUCAGUGGGACGCGAGAGCACGGGGGUCCAGGCCUCACCGUUGGACGGAGAGGGUUCCGGGGGCAGCGCUUCUGCUGCCGAUCCUGGCGCCGCCGACAGGGAGCCGGGGCAGCGGGAGCGUCGCAGGCUGUGGGAGGACGGACGGGCCGACUACCUGGGCCAAGACGCCUUCCAAAACAUCCAGAAGAUUCUGGACUGCUUCCUGGAUUAGGAAAAAGCACACAUGAGAACGCCUCCCGGACUAGGGCGUCAUAAAGGUCCCGCCGCUGUCGAUCGACUCCGAAUGGAGCGACCGCUGGCGACUCAAACUAAAUCUGUGCUGGAGCAUCUUGCAUGCGAGAUGACAGUGAAGGCCAUUUUUCCAAGCGCUGUUUAUUUUGUGUGUGUGGAAUUUUAACUAACAAGCCAUUCCCCCAUUGGAAGUAAAUACCAGUUUUCUCACUAUCAAAUUUAAGUUAAAGAAAUACAUUAAUACACCAACAUGAACGCUGCCCAAUGGCGUUAGAUUAAAAACAAAUAAGGCUCAGUGUUUUCCUUCAACAGCUGUUCAACGCUACCUUUUUUAGUAGUAUUUGGGGCAGCAGAGGAAGGUGUAUGUGGGAUUGUGUGUGUGUUUAUGGUGACAAGAGACAUUGUGGCUCAUUCCUUACUUUCUUUUCGCUCGUACUCCAGGUUAAUAGUUCAAAUAGUCGUUUCUUACUAUGGCUUUGCCCUUUGCUCUUGUUGUUUGACGAGAACAAGAUGCUCAAACAUUUAGACAUUGCUUCAUUUGAGACCUUUCUAAUUCGGAACUUCCUCUCGAGAUAUUGUUCCUAUUAUUGAGUCUGAUAAUUAAUGCCGAGUCACCAGGAUCGUUCAGGGGAAUUGUUGGAAGUCGACCCUUUCGAUGUACAAAAUCAAAAUCAUUAAUUGAAACUGAACAGUAAACAUCUCCAUCCCACUAUUCCGUUAAUAUAUACAAUCAAAUCAGUACUUGGGAAAAAAUGUGUUGCUUUUGUUGUGACCCUCACCAGAACAUAUAUAACCUCAACCCAACCCUUACCCCAAAACCAGCAGGGUCACCAAUUGUGGAUACAGUUUGUUUUUUUUAUCCAAUAGGACAAGCCGUCCCCCACCGGUGGCCUGCUCUCUGAAAAUUUAAAUCAUAUUUUGGAAGGCGUCAUGGCAGAAAACCCUUGACAAUGUGAAAAACGUUAUUUCUACUUACGAGGUGUACCUUCACUCCUCCACCAGGGGGCACUGUGGCUCUUCUAUCUGAGCGCUCUCCAGCAAGCCACUUAAUGAGAGAAGCAGGAACACAGAUUAAUGGAUGCUUGGCUGCAGUCGACACAGCAUGCUGUGUGAUCCUUAUCCACUGGGCACACAAGUGCAUGUGAUUUUCAUAGGCAUUCCUCUCAUAAUGUUGUGACGCGGCGAUGGAAGACAGCGUGCCGAACCCAAAGCAAAGCUGUCAGCAGGUGAGCUCGAGGCUGCCAGUGGAAAGGCCUUGUGAUGAUCGCUUUGAAAGACAACCUGGCAGACGGACGCUUUUGGCUGGGCGGCUCCAAUUCGUCAAGAUUUAAGAGCGAGGACCAAUCUGGGAUAAGUCGCUUGUUUCCCUCGACUGCCUCAUUCAUUAAAGCUCUAAAAAAAAAGAAGCUCAAAGGCGUCAGAGAUACUGUAAGUCCCCGCAGACACUGACGUUCUAUUAAAAAACAAUAUUGUUCCACACGGCUUCGAACCCAAGUGAAAACAGAAAGGAACAGUGAUGUAUGUUCUGCUGUGUGCUGUGGACACAGGUGUUAUACUCUCUAAUAAACUAAAGAGUCCUCGUC